AUGGGAACCACUCAGUUAAAGAUGCUGAAACUUUUGCUUUUAUUCACCUUAACGGGGAUAUGCACUGCUCAAAACGACAUCACGUUAUCAGUGUUCACGGUGACCUCCAAGAGUAUGACGGUGCAGUGGAGCGGCCAGGCCGGUGCCAGCUCUUACAAGGUCACAGCCACACCCAAGAACUCUCCAGAGCAGCCCGUCUUUGCUCAGUUCAGCGGCAACACAGUGAUGGGCUCAGUCAACUCCCUGUCGCCAAACACACUGUACACCAUGCAGUUAGAGGCCAUGGACAAUGCUCUCAAUGUCCUGAGCAGCGCCGAGACCGAGGAGACCACAGCUCCUGAAGUGCCCAGCAUUGAGCAAGUCUACUCCAAAAACAGCGACAGCAUCACUGUUGAGUUUACAGAGGUUUCCGGGGCAACCAGCUACAUCCUGAGGGCAGAGUCAAAGAUGGGUGAUUUUUUCUUUGAGACCAACGUGACCGACUCUCCGGGAACCGUGGUGCAGCUCCAGCCUUACACAGAUUACAUUUUGAGCGUCAUGUCCGUCAAUUCAGGGGGGAGGAGCCAGCCCUCGUACCCCACCGAGGCCAGGACAGUUGUAACGGCACCCAAGUUGAACACAACCUCCCCCAGCAACAGCACCAUCCUUGUGACCUGGGCGCCGGUAACGCACAGCAUCCUCUACACGCUGUGCAUCAUUAGGGAGAGCUCCAGCACUCGCCUUAAACUGAACACCACCGACACCUCUGUGACGUUUGACAACCUGGAAGCAGGAACUACAUACUGUAUCAAGGGGACUGCAUGGGACUCAGAGGGACGCACCGGUGACGACCUCACCAUCUGCCAGAUCACACGCCCUUCAACUCCAGAUGUGACCCAAAUCCAGGUGACUCAAGGUCGUUCCCGUGGGGUUGCUGUCUACUGGGCUUCAGUUCAGAGUGCAAGGAGCUACAUCGCCUGGACCUCGAAUGGGCAGAACUGCUCCACAGAUAGCAUUUAUUGUUACAUCUUACCUGUAGAGUGUGGCCAGAACCAGUCUGUGUCUGUCACGGCCUACAAUGGUGCUGGUCCCAGCACGCCCUCGCAGCCAGCUGAAUAUUUAACAUAUCCAUGUCCUACAGCGAACAUCUGGGUGGAGGAGCCGGCAGCGGGUAACUGCUCUGUGGUGUGGGACAGAGUGUCCCUGGUGGAGUACUACGUGGCUUUCAUAAAGAGAGACGAUGGGACCGAGAAGUUGUGCAACACCACUGAAACCACCUGCCCGUUUUUCUGCAUGUGCGGCUACACGUACCUCACCAGCGUAUUCCCCUACAACCAGGCCGGCACCAGCCAGGAUGCACAUGUCCGCAAGUACACUACCAUUCCAUGUUGUCCACAGGACGUCACAGUGAACCUGGUUUCUACGGAGACCCUGGAGGUCAUGUGGUCGCCGGUCAAAGGGGCAGAAGUGUACGAGACCACCGCUGCACAGACCGACGACAUCAUCCACUGCAACGACACGUCACCAGUGUGUGCGCUCUCAGAUCUGAGAUGCAACACGGCCUAUUCUGUCACAGUGACACCCUGCAGCGAGCUAAGAGGAUGCAACCGCACCUGCACACCACACACACAAGAGACAGCUCCUUGUGCUCCGGAGAUCCUGAACAUGACGCAGAGCAGCAACUCCACGUACAAAGUCCUCAUUACCACUCCCAACUCCGGCAAUACAAACUAUACCAUCGCCGCCACCGGACGCUACGACAGACACACGUGCCAGUCGAGAACCGACUCCUGCGAGCUAACACAGCUGCCCUGCGGCUCCACCUAUGAGGUCACAGCAGUGGCCGCCACAGCAGCGGGGAAAAGCCUGCCUGGAUUCAGCAAAGCUUUGGAAACAGGUCCCUGCUGCCCGGAUUCUAUGAACGUGUCUCAGGUCACUCAGGCCAUGACCAACGUAACCUGGUCACCUGGCAGCGGCGCUCGCUCCUACAUCACCACCCUGAUGUCACCACGAGGACACGCCAAAUGCCACACGCUGGACGCCCACUGCCUGAUGGGCUGCAUCACCUGCGGCACCAACUACAGCGUCCAUUUGGAGGCCAUCAGCAGCACGGGACACAAGUCUGAGUGCAAAUAUCAUGGAUUUUCAUCCAGUGCCUGCUGUCCAACAGGUGUCAAGCUCUACCGUCGGACCAACAAUUCGCUCAGGGUGUACUGGCGUACAUCGGGCCCUCAAGCCCAUAACCACACAGUGGAGCUGUACGGGAACGGGACAGGAGCCAAUUACCUGUGCAUCGCGGCUGCAGGCAGCAUGUACUGCGACAUCCAGGAGGAAAGGUGUGGGGACGUCUACACAGUCGUUGCAGCACCAGUGGGACAAGAUGGAGUCAAAGUCACCUUCUGCCAGCCCAGGAAAUACUCAGUUCCCUGCCCAAGCAAUGCUGGUAUGGGCAUUUCUCGUGGAAGACGAAGCGUGAAGUAAAUUUGGGACGUCCACCACCGUCACAGAGACGAGGACGUCUGACUGUGUUUACACCAGCCCAAACUGUAAAGCCCCAUCAAAUAAAUUACUAACAGCUUAGGGAUGUGUUGAAGUUAAAGCAAGGGAAAAAACUUUUUUAUAAGUCAAAUAAAAUGAGGAUGAUGAAACCAAAGCCAUAAACUAUAAAGUAAAAAAUAAAGCUUUGGAGGUCAUUAACUGUGAGCAUUUAUUCAUCACAUUUUUCUUCUGGCUGCUUCAGAGAGAUAGCAUUUUUAAUUUUUACUCAUUGAAGAUGCCACUUGAUAUAAUAACAUGCAGUCAUGUGUUUAAAAAAAUAAAAGCAGCUAAACUUGAAAGAACAAGUUCCUUCACAAAAAGUUGAGGCAUGUGUUGUAAAUGCAAAGAGUAUAACUUUGGUUUUUCUCAGAAAUGAGUCGCACAUUUUCACGGUUGAAGCAACUGAAAGGUGAAACAUUGAUGAAAUUAUACUUUAGCUCCUCUCCAAGUAGAAGACCUCCAUAUGGCUGCAGUAUGACAUGUCUCCUGCUGUUACAGUACGAGGGAAAGCAGGACAGCGGGUAUCGAUCUCAUCCACCUGGAGUCAUGCAUGCCAAGUCCUGUGGAUGAUACAUCUGAUCAUACUGCUGGAGACAUAUUCAGUGUUGCCUCUGCUUUCACUGGAGAUGUUUGCUCCCAUUUGACAGCUG